GAAAAGACCCACUUCCGACAGCUCAUGGAAAAAUGUCCGUUGCAGAGGAUGUGGCAUGAGCUCUAUGAGAGCUGCGACUUUGCGAAGCGAAACGCGGAGAUUCAAGAGUUCAAUCGCCAGAAUCGAUGGCGCAAGCGAGGCAUUGCACAACUCCCCACGAAGUUCGGCAUCAGUUUUACGGCCAAGUUCAUGAAUCAGGCCGGAGCAUUGGUUCACAUCUACACAGAUGGAACAGUCUUAUUGACCCACGGAGGAACUGAAAUGGGCCAGGGUCUCCACACAAAGAUCUGUCAGAUUGUGGCCCGUGCUUUUGGUAUUCCGAUGGCGGACGUGGUCUUUCGAGAGACCGGCACCGAUACGGUGCCCAACGCGUCGCCCACGGCGGCCUCGGCGUCGUCGGAUAUCUACGGCAUGGCAACCCUGAAUGCUUGCGAACAGAUCAAGAGCCGCUUGCAGCCAUACUUGGAGAAGUUUGGCGACUUCAAAAAAGCUGUGAAUGCUGCCUACAUGGACCGCUGCGACCUCUCGGCACAUGGCUUCUAUGCCACACCUGGCAUAGGCUACGAUUGGUCCUUGCCGGAGGACCAGAGAGGUAAACCCUUCAACUAUUUCACCUACGGUGCAGCUUCUUCGGAAGUGGAGAUUGAUGUGCUCACGGGUGACAUGAGAAUCUUAAGAUCCGACAUCCUCAUGGAUGUUGGCAACAGCCUGAAUCCUGCCAUUGACAUAGGACAGAUCGAAGGAGCCUUCACGCAGGGCUUUGGCUGGGCCACUCUGGAGGAGACGGUCUGGGGCUGUUCCGAGUUCAGUUGGUUGAAGCCUGGGGUCUGCUUCACACGGGGCCCCGGGACCUACAAGAUUCCUUCCUUCAACGAUACACCAGUCGAUUUGCGCGUGACUUUGGUGAAGGAUUCAGCCAAUCCCAAUGCCAUUCACUCGUCGCGAGCGGUUGGCGAACCGCCCUUCUUCUUGGGGACGGCAGCCUUCUUUGCCGCACGAGCUGCCAUCGCCUCUGCCAGGGAGGACGCUGGUAGAUCUGCGCAGGACUACUUCGUAGUAGAUCUGCCGUUGACACCCGAGCGCAUACGUAUGGCCUGCAACGAUGCCUUGUCCUCACGCUUCAGCAAGAACACCAGUCGUCCAAGACCCAGUAUCUUCGUUUAGGAGGCGCGAGCCGUUGCCAAGAAGCACGGUUUUGAUAAUAUUUGGUGUGAUGUGUUUGAAAACCACUGGUUGGAGCUAUGGCGCAGCCAUGGAAAAUGGAUGAACAAGAAAGAAUGUGAUAAACACGUGAUGCUAGC